GGCUGGCCGGCCAUCUUUUGUGUGUCGGAUUGUGUGGAAAGCAUUGAGUGGAAGAGAGCGGAGGAGCGGGGGAGCAAAAGUAUUGGUAUAAACCUGACCAGAACCCCAAGCCAUGGUGAAGAUUUUUGUAGGUGGUGUAUCACCAUCUACUUCUCCUGAUGAACUAAAGAAGCUAUUUGAGAGGUACGGGCAGGUAAAUGAGUGUGAUAUCCUCAAAAAUUAUGCCUUUGUUCAUAUGGAACGCGAGCAGGAUGCCCAUCGUGCCAUUGGUGAGCUGCAUAAACAAGAAUUUUAUGGUUCUCAUCUCACUGUGGAAUAUGCGACUUCAAAGAUACGUAACGCUACCAAAAUCUAUGUGGGAAAUGUAUCAAGCAGAGCAACUACGUCACAAGUGAAAGAGUUGUUUGAAAAAUUUGGUAAAGUUGUAGAGUGUGACAUUGUCAAAAAUUAUGCUUUUGUGCACAUGGCCAAGGAGAGGGAAGCCAUGGAUGCCAUUUUGCACCUUAACGACACUCCACUGGAAGACCAGAAGAUUUUCGUCACGCUGUCUAAGAGCAAUAAUGCCCCCAAGAACUCCAAGCUAUCUUCUGCAACUGUGGUGGCGGCCUCAGCUGCACCUCCCCCACCACCUCCCCCGCCGCCACAUGCUUACUAUUUCCACCGUGGACGCAUACCACCGCCCCCAGCUCCCUUUUCCCCAUUUUCACCUCGCUCAUGGUACGAGAGGGAAUACUAUGAGAGGUACACGUAUGACUUCUACGACAGAAGUGGGCUUGGUGCUCGAGCUACAUAUGACAGAGCCCUCACUCCGGCUGCCGUGGUGGCUGCGGCGGCUGCAACCCUGCCCGCUGCCCCUGUGGCCGCUGCGCCCCCAGCACCACCAUCAAUCAAUGCAGCCUUGGCUCCUGCGGCAUACAGGGACAGAAGUCCAGUGGGGAGAAGAACGGCAGCAGCGGCAGCAGUGAUGGCACAAUAUGCAGAUCCCUAUGGUGCAUCUCAAGCCUACAGCCAGAGUUACAGCCAAGCCUACGCAUCUGCAUUCUCCCAGUAUAGCUUAGGAGCAGCAGGUUACAGUCCCGCCGAGUACUACGAGAAAUAUGCUAACGGGUAUGCAGGCCAAUACAGCCAAACUUAUUAA